CUGUCGUAGUAUCCUAAGUGUAAGCAUACAAGUACCGCCCUUUUUAUCCUCCUUCGUUGUUGCAUACGGCCACCGCGACGUUUUUUCCUUCCCCGCUGCGUGUGUAUACUGGUAAUACGCGGCGAAUAAGAGAGAAUUAUAAGAGUGUUAGAAAGAGAACACGGUCGUGGUCUGCUAAAACAGAACGCAAAACAUUCAUCGCGGUUUUUUCUGUGAAACUGAAAGAGAGAGAGAGAGAGAGAACGAUAAAAAGUUGCAAAUAGAGAAUUCUACCCUGCCAACCUUGCAUAUCUUCAUAAGUGUGUGUGAGAAUACUACGUGUACAAAUAUACAGUCUAUCGAUAUAUGUUUUACACUCGCUCGCGCGCCAUACUUGCCGAAGGAAGGGACCGAGUAAGCGAGCGAAAUAUACGGGAAGACUCUGGACACAAACUCGUCAUCGGAGUCGUGAUAUCAGAGUGUGAAUCAAACGUUUAUAGUAUAUAAAUACAGCUAUAUCGAGUUUACAGUCGAAGAAUCAUCGACAAGUGUAAUACUUUAUCGCAUUUUUUUUCGAUCGAAGUUCAGUUGAAAUUGUGAGUUAGCCACCGGAAAGGUGAGACGUUCGAGAGUGGUGAAGUGUUUGAGCAAAGAAAGACUGAAGAACGAAGCAGAGAUAGGACUUGAGGAUGCAGGCGAUUAAAUGCGUUGUUGUAGGCGACGGUGCGGUCGGUAAAACAUGCCUUCUCAUCAGUUACACAACGAAUGCGUUUCCCGGCGAAUACAUACCCACCGUAUUCGAUAACUAUUCGGCCAACGUGAUGGUCGAUGGAAAACCCAUAAAUCUUGGAUUAUGGGAUACCGCGGGUCAAGAAGAUUACGACAGGCUGAGGCCCCUUUCGUACCCGCAAACCGACGUAUUCCUCAUUUGUUUUUCGCUCGUUAAUCCUGCCAGUUUUGAGAACGUACGUGCCAAAUGGUAUCCAGAAGUUCGUCAUCACUGUCCGUCGACUCCGAUUAUUCUCGUCGGUACUAAGCUCGAUCUUCGCGAGGACAAGGAAACUAUCGAGAAGCUCAAAGACAAAAAACUCGCACCGAUCACGUAUCCUCAGGGUCUGGCAAUGGCGAAAGAAAUCGUAGCAGUGAAGUACCUAGAGUGUUCGGCUCUGACGCAAAAAGGUUUAAAAACUGUAUUUGACGAAGCGAUAAGGGCCGUUCUUUGCCCGAUUUGUCCGGUCAAACCCAAGCGCAAAUGUUGCCUCCUAUAAUAUUAAUUUUUUGCGAAGAACGAAGAGAUUGGAGAAAGAAAAGAAGUAAAGCUUAAACGAGUCAACACUAUCGACAAGAAAUAAAGAGAAGGAGGGAGGGAGAGAAGCCGAAACAUCUACGAGAUCUACUACAUCGAUAUAUAAUGGGGUCGGAUAUGGGUUCAAUCUUUUCUCGUGAUGGGAGGGGACUGAAGAGAAAAGAAGAAAAUCCAACUCGUUUCCGCACCGGCUAAUUCGCAUCUUUCAUUCCUCAUGAAGAUUUUUUUCAACAUCGAUCGAACUUCCUUCAUCCCUCAUCGAUGUACAGUUCCUGCUCGAAGAGAGGAGAGAAAGAAUAAUAAAUUUGAAUCAAAGGGGUAGAGAGUAAGAAAAGACAAAAGUUAUGAAGAAGGUUUUGCAAAAAAUGAAUAUUGCACAGAAAUUGCAAAAACGCACAACGCAUUGUGAAACAGUAAGAUAUUGCCGAAGAAGUGAAUAACGAUUAACGAACAAGACAUUCGAGAGGAUACCGGAACAACGGGAACGAAAGUGUUGGCAGGAAAAAUAUUCAAGCAGACGCGUAAAUAGCAACAAGGAGAAAGAAUAUGUUAAGAGUUUGAAGCUAUCGGACGUUUUCAAUGAGAGAAAUAUUCAAUCAUCGCUCGGCCCCCAAAAUAAAAAAGGAAAAUUAACAAAAAUAUACGUAGUCGCGUCUCGAUGGCGACUUUAAAAUUCAUGUCGUCUUAAUCAUUUGUGGUUUAACAAGUAAAAAUUAAAAAAAAAAAAAAAAAA